AUGUUAGAUAAGAAAGCAGACAAAACAGAGCUUCAAACAUUAAAGACAGAAAUACUUCAAACAUUAUAUCCUAUAGGCUCUAUUUAUACGUCAAUGAACUCUACCAGACCAGAAGUAGUACUUGGUUUUGGAACUUGGACUCAAAUAGUCGACAGGUUUUUGUAUUGUGCAAACUCUUCAAAGGAAACAGGUGGAAGUAAAACGAUUUCAGGUGAAAAUUUACCUGCACACAGUCACUACAUAGAUUUAAGUACAUCUCAAGCAGGUUGGCAUAAGCAUAGAUAUUGGGAUUGGUCAGCAAUGA